AUGGUAAAUCUCGCUUCGAAGCUAGCCAUCGCUGGUGUGGUCUCUGUUGGGGUUCUGUACCAAUUUCUUAUCAAAUACCUUGUCUUUGAUGUUCUUGGAGUCGGGCGCGAAACCUUCUCGAUUGAGUCCUAUGGACACCUCAAAUGCGAAAAGGUGGAAGAACUAGGCAUCGAAGGAUGUGAGGAUAUGUGGAUGCAUGAGAAGACCGGUCAUCUCUACAUGGCAUGUUCAGACAGCCGCUCUCGUGAGCAGUGGCUUCCGGCCGUUGACCAUCUAAAUGCCACAGGUCGAGGUCUUGUUGAUCGUAUCGCCGUGCUGGAUACUCGUGGCUCGGGACGACUCGCUUCUCGAAUAAAGUGGUUGUCAAUCGAGAACUUUUCUGGCAUCAAGGGAGACGGAACUCUGAAUCUACACGGUCUAGACAUCAGAGCCGACGACAAUACUGAUGUUUUACGAAUCUUGUUGGUCAAUCAUCGCCCACCCAUAGACCCUAUCACUGGCGAAUUCCUGGACGCAGCCAAACAUGGAGCGAAUUCAACAGUCGAACAAUUCCAAACCGAGAUUGGCACCGAAACAAUGCGCCACGUCCGAACCUACCAUCACGACCUGAUUCAAACGCCAAAUCGGGUUGCCUGGGUCAGCGAUCAUUCAUUUGUAUUUACAAACGACCAUACCCACAAACAUGGCUUUCGCCGCGGACUCGAAGCUAUCCUUGGUGGCGGAAACGUCGGAUACUGCGAUCGAAGAAGCUGCCAUAUCGCCUAUGAUUCCGAAUUCUGGGGUCCCAACGGUCUUGUCCGCGGUAAAGACGGUCUCAUCUACGUCCCGAAUGUAAUCGGCUCGAACGUCCAAGUCUUUGCCCUCACUGAAACCCACCAUUUACGCAAACUCCACACCCUGAAAACACUCCCGAUUGACAACCUCUCCGUCGACCAGAAUGGCGAUAUUUUCGGUGCUGCGUUUCCUCAGGUUUACAAAUGGAUCCAGUCAUCAAGCGAUGCCUUUGGAGUCCAUCCUCCAUCUGCGGUUGUCAAGAUAAGUCGAGCUGGGAAAGUUCAUGGGAGGGCGGUCGAUGUGGAUCGGACUGUGGAUGAUUAUACGGUUGAGAAGAUUUUCGAGGAUGAUAGUGGCGUGUUGCCUGGUUCUACGAUCGUGGUUCAUGAUGUGAAGACUGGGAGUUACUUUUUUGGAGGGGUGAUGUCGCCUUUUAUUACGAUUUGUGAGAGACUGUCUAGAUGA